AUGAGCGAGCUCUCCGAGUUCCAAAUUGGUCAAUCCGUAGAACUUUCAGAUGGACGGCCAGCAACAGUUCGAUACAUCGGUGACACCCGUUUUGCAGACGGUGAAUGGGUCGGAGUCGAGUUGGAAGAUGCUACAGGCAAGAAUGAUGGCGCGGUACAGGGUCAACGAUACUUUGAGUGCCCGCCGGCGCAUGGCAUGUUCAUCAGACCAGCGGCGAUUACGGUAGUCGAACAACCUACUCCAAAAGCACCUAGGGUCACAGGCAAGGCAAAUGGAGCAGCACUCAAGCCAAGACCAUCAAGUAUGGUCGCAGGAGGGAGCAAAAGGCAGAGCCUGGCAGAUUCAUCUCCUAGCAAGUCUCCCACAAAGCAACUUGGCUCCUCUUCAUCCUCUGUUCAGUCAUCCCGGGCGGGCACUCCUGCUGCUUCCUCGCGAAAGUCGAUGUUACCGCCAUCAAAACCUAUGCGAUCAACCCUUGGACAGAACUCGGCUACUGCAAGAGCUCCGCGGCAAUCAAUUGCCAACACAAUUAAUGGUACCGCAAAAACCCCUAGCCAAGCGUCCUCGGUGUCACGCAGUCCGGCCAAACGCCCAUCUCUACAACUAGGACUAAGCAAAAGGAUAGGAUCAGUCGGCGGGGCAAGUCAAGCAAGCAAAACCAAUGAACCCGGAGUCCUAGCAGGAGUCUCGGAGCCUGCACUCACCUCGCCAACCUCCGGCACGCCUGACGACACCCAUGCAUAUCUCCAAUCUCCCCUGUCCGAAGAGUCACAAACUGAGCACCCACCCACUGAGAGACCAUCAUUCUCUCGAGGGAGAUCGCCAUCCUCAAAUCUCCAGAGGCCUCCCCACUCAGCAGUGGUGAACAAAGAAUUGGAAGACCUUAAAGCCAAGCUCCGUGUCAUGGAGAAAAAAAGGACAGAUGACAGGGAGAAACUGAAAUCAGUAGAGAAGAUUCAAGCUGAAAGAGACAGGCUCGAAAGUAUAAUACAAAAGUUACAAGCCAAGUAUCAGCCUCAACAAAAAGAAAUCUCGGAUCUAAGAAUGCAAAUCAAAGACGAGCAAGGAAAAGUCUAUGAAUUGGAAGGACGUCUAUCAGAACAUGAUACCAUCUUAGAAGUCGCUACAUUAGAUCGGGAGAUGGCAGAAGAGACUGCCGAGUCUUUCAAGCUUGAAUUAGAAGCAUUGCGGCAGAAAUAUGAGGAAGCAGAACUUGAGGCUUCCGUGCUUCGAGAGGAAAAUGAAGAACUCGGAAAGGAGAUGAGUCCAGAGGAUAAGACUAGCCAAGGUUGGCUGCAAUUAGAAAGGAGCAAUGAACGUCUACGAGAAGCCCUUGUCCGGCUACGAGAUGUGACGCAGGAACAAGAAGCCGAUCUGAAAGACCAGAUAGCGGAGCUUGAGGCAGACGUUCAAGAUAUGAACAAGUUGAAAGACAAACAUGGUCAGACGCAAGAGGAUCUUGAGCAAUCCAACGGCACUGUGAAAGAGUUACGGCAGCAACUAGAUGCUACACUGGGCGCAGAUGAUAUGAUCGAAGAACUCACCGAUAAGAACCUCACUCUGAGCGAGAAAGUGGAAGACUUGAAGUUAGCGAUUGAGGAAUUGGAAAGUCUGAAAGACCUCAAUGAUGAGCUUGAGUUGAACCACGUAGAAACGGAAAAGCAACUACAAGACGAGAUCGAUUACAACGAAGCAUUGUUGGGUGAAGAAGCCAAGAAAGCAGCUGUCCAAGACGGCACAAUCCAAGAUUUAGACUACACAGUCUCUCGCUUUCGAGAGCUUGUAGCAACGAUGCAAAGCGACCUUGAAGACAUGCGGGCGUCGCAACAAAUCACCGAGUCAGAGGCUAACGAGCUCAGCAACCGUUCUCGAGCGAUGAUGGAUCUCAACAUGCGUUUGCAGACCUCAGCCGCCAAAACGCAAGUCAAAGCUAUAGAUCUUGAGUUGGGCAAGAUGCAAGCGCAAGAAUCGAUAGAGCACUUGUCCAUUGUUCAGCAAUUCCUUCCGGAUGCCUUCAAGAAUGAGCAAGACUCUGUGCAGGCUCUGCUUCGAUUUAGAAGACUUAGCUUCAAAGCACAAAUAAUGCACAACUUCGUCAGAGAGAAACAGAAUGGUCCUACUUCUACUGUCGGUGACGAUGACAUUGCUCUUCUGAAUGACAUACUCAACAAGCUGGUAUGGGUUUCUUCCACUUUUGAUAGAUUCUUCAGUCAUGUGCAAAGCUGCAACCUAGAUAGCUUCAAGCGGCUGGGAGGCGCCUUUUACGAGCUCGAUCCUGUAGAACGUGCAUUCAAUACUUGGAUAGAUGCAAUAAAGCGGGAUGAGCUCAAACUCGAACUGUGCGCCAGCGAAUUGCAGAGAACAAUUGCUCUCACAAGUCAUCUUGCAGAAGUCCACAUCAGCGACGAUCUGGAGCACUAUCCCGGCCAAGUUCUAGCAUUUACUUCAAUGAUGCAUAGUCAUCUCGAGACUGCUGCUGGCACACUCGCCGCCAUUAAGAGCCGGUUGGAGACUGCGCUUCUUGCAAGUGAAGGCGAGGGCUCAACCGACGAAAGCGACUAUCUUGAAGUUUUCGAGAAAAUCGACACACUGGUCUCUCAGAGCAGAAGUGGCAAGAUCAUCAUCAGUAAGAGUGUGCGGCAAAUCGAGGAUCUCAGGUCUCGGUCAUUGACUCUCGACCCUUCUACUCUCGACAUCAUCGAACAUACACAGGAGUCAACCUCCAGCUUUGCCUCAGACAUACGUAGUUUCAGCGGCACUAUUCUUCGCUCUCUCAAUAAUGACAUAAAUUCAGUGGGUUCCACCUAUUCUCGAAUCUCAGCCGGCUUCUCGGAGGGCCCCGUGACCUACACACAUCUUAUAGCGAAGCAGCAGUCUACGACAGCACAACUCCAGUCAUUCUUGAACCUUACAAACAGCCUUGCGCAGACUAUAGAGUUUCCAUCUCCGCCGCCACCGCCUCCGUGGAAACUCCUGGCUCAAAGAAUGCGCGACGAGGCAGCUGACUCUGCGGCACGAGACACUGAACUUUCUAGACUGAGAGACGAAGUCACAGCGAAAGGCACGACAGUUGCAAUCAAGGAAAAGAUACUGGAGGAGCUCAGCGUAAAGAAUGAAGUCCUCGAGAAACGCGUCAGUGAAUCGGCCAGUCGACAAGAAAGGCUGAAAGAACUGGAAGCUGUUUCGGAAUCAUUCAAAAACAAAGAAAAGGAUUAUGUGGCCAAGCUUUCUCGUCUACGUAAGGAGCUUGAGACACUCGAAGGUGAGCGUGAGACGUGGAAGCAAGCCCCCAAAUCGCCUCCAGCCGACCUGCGAACCGAUCAAGCUGCCAGCACCGCCGUCACGCCAACCUCGGUGACAACGCUUCUGCAGAUCGACAGCCUUAAGGCUGAGAUGGCAGCCCUACAAUCUACGGUCCGCUAUCUACGCACUGCCCACCACCAGUCAUUCGUCAAUGUAUCCAACUCUUUCUUAUCGACACCUAUCACUCCUCGCGUCAUGCCACAGGAUCAUCUUGCACGUGAAGCCAAAGAUGUUCUUAAGGAGAUGGUCCACCUCAUUUCGCAGCCGGGCUCUCAGCCGAUCCAAUUGCAGCGCCGAACGGCAGAGACGCGCUUGCGGUGGCGGCCAGCCAAAGAGAGCAGUACGUGGCAGGUGCAACGACAACGAGAGGAGUUUGAGGAGUGGCGUGAAUGGCGUGAUGGUGUUGCCCGACGUGCAGUGGGUAAGCGGAAGGAGGAGCGGCGGCUGCAAGAGGUUCGAGAGAAAAGGGAUGAUGCAGCGCCGUUGCUCGGCCAAAUGGGGCUAAGCAAAGGAGCUGCGGGCGAGGUGAAGAUUUUUGGGGUUGAUGAUAACGGGCCCGAUGGUGGCUGA